AUGGCUAAAAAACAGAAUGACGGAUCUACUGUGAAGGAAGAGAGGUUUCAAUGGACCGCUAAGAUGGACGAAGCAUUCAUUGAAGCCAUGCUUAAGGAACAAAACGAGGGCAAUAGGAUUGAUGGGUCUUUCACACCACAAGCAUACACUAAUAUGGUGAAUGAUCUUACGGCAAAGUUGAACAAGGAUUUCAAAAAAGAGCAUCUGAAAAACAGAUUGAAAACAUUAAAAGAUCACUUUUCUCAAUGUUACGAUCUUUUUAGGGGGGUUUCAUUAAGCGGAUUUGCAUGGAACUCGGAGACUAGAUUAAUUGAGGCCGAAGAUGAGGUCUGGGAUCAACUCAUCAAUGAGAAGCCCGAAGCUGCAAAGUGGAAGACGAAAGAAAUAUGUCAUUAUGAUGAACUGCGACAAUUGUUUGCAAAAGAUAGAGCAUCAGGUACUUCAGCAAUAACUGCAAAGGAGAGGAGAAAGCAAAUCGAAAAUGAACGGAGAAUUGAAACAAUUCAAGAGGUUGAUCAAUUGCUUGAAACUAAUCAGGUUACCUUGGAGAAGCCUAUUACUCCAGAGGAAACUCAAGGUGCACCAACUACACCACUUUCACAACUGAAGCUUCCAACUAUAAGCAAAGAGAAAAAAAAAGAAAAGGAAGGUGGAAGAAGAAAAAAGUAUUGA